CUGCGGGUUAACGGGAGAAAUAACCGCACAGACGGUUUCUACCGUUCUUCCAUGCAACCUACGUCAUUGCUUCCCCUUUCAUAACUCGUUUGUGGUAGAGGGAUGGGGGUCUGCACAUGCUCAGAGACACGGGGAACGCCUCUUCGCGGGACGGGCCUCGCGGCUGGGGGGCAGGCCCAGUUCCCGCCCUUGGAGAGGAAGAGGCGGAGGCCCAGGCCUUGGCGGCGCGGAACAUGGAGCGCUUCAGGGCGGGCUACGGCGGGGAGGAGGCCGGCGACCAACAGGCCCGGCAGCAGGCGCGCCAUUACCAGCUGCUCUCCGACCUACAGGCCCUCGUGAAGGACCUGCCCAGUUCUUCCCAGCAGCGAUUAUCCUAUACCAUCCUCAGUGACCUGGCGUUGGCUCUCAUCGAUGGGACAGUCUUCGAAAUUGUCCAGGGCUUGCUUGAGAUCCAGCAUCUGACAGAGAAAAACCUUUACAACCAGCGGCUGAAGUUGCAUCAUGAACAUCGAGUGCUCAAGCAGGAAAUGCUUCAUAAACACAAGGAAGACCAGCAGUGCUGUAAGCCUCACAACAUGCCUCUUCUCAAAGCUGCUCAGCAGAGGGAACUAGAGGCCAUGGAGCAAAGGCUUCAUGAGGAGCAGCGCAGGAUGGAUGAGAAAAUUGUCCUGGAAUUGGAUCAGAAAGUCAUUGACCAGCAGAGCACUUUGGAGAAAGCUGGUGUAUCUGGGUUUUACGUUACUACAAACACACAGGAACUGACUCUCCAGAUGAACCUGCUGGAAUUGAUUCAAAAACUGCAGCAAAAGAAAUCUCUGCCAAGAAGGCCUUUUACUUAAGAGGGGGCCCACACUCACGUUUGCUCACUAUCCAUUUGUAGUCAAGACCCUUCUUAAGUGCCUUGAUUGGUAGGAGGAUAUUUUUGUUACAAGAUGGCUGCAUCCUAUUCCCUUGCCAGACAUCCGAGAAAAAGUAGAGGCAAGGACUAGCAGUCGCCCUUCGUCUGCGGCUGUUGGGAAAGGGGGGCAGUUUGAAAGAGCACAGUCCUCUAACACCCACUAAGGCCAAGUUGAGUCUAUAUUUAUUUAUUAUUCCCUUUUAUUUUUUUAAACUUUAUUUAUAUCUGCUGCUUACUUUCCACAUUUCAAGAUUGACUUUGGAAAAUGUAUUUGAAGCAGGCAGUAAACAGUGUUAGUUUUCCUUUUUAA